UCCAAAUCGGCAGAUUCGCACUGGCAAGGUAGGUUGGCCGGUCGCACCGCCAUGAUGAGCCACGUCGCAACCUUCCGCGAUGCGCCUGUGACGCAGGACAUCACGCAGCCGAUUCGCGCAACCAAGGCGAUUCCAGCGGGACACCCGAUCUUCCAAGAGGUGGCGCUCGUCGCGUCGACGUUUGGCGACUCGAUGCACCCCGACUGUUGCGUGUGCGACCACCACGACGAGUACGACGACUGCGCUGAGCCCCAGAACGAACCGCCUACGAACGAUGACGGCGGGUACACUCGCCCGCCCGUCGCCGUCGACGACGAUGACGUCGAAACCAUGAGCCCCCACGUGCUCGACUCGUUUGCCGCCCUCAUGGCGCAUUGCGACCGCGUGCCUGUCUUGAAGAUGGUGGACGUUCGCAAGAACUUGUUCAAGCUCCUGCGUCUGCAUGAGGUCAAUGCUUCGCAUCCGUCGCUCGCGUUGCUGCACACAGUCCCGAUUGACACGGACGACUUUGCCGAGUACCACGACGCGGCCGCCAACCUCCGCGCGUCGUUUGGCGGCAUUGUACCCACCACAUUGGCCGACAACGACGUCGCUCAUCUCAUUGGCGUGCUCAACCACAAGUAUUGUCACGCUCUUAACGAGAUCGAAGGAAGCGGCGUGUUUGUGUACUCGAGUGUGCUGACCCACAGCUGUGUGCCCAACUGCAACUUGACGGUCACGGGCACGACGAUUUGGAUCACUGCGAUUCAAGACAUUGCGCCGGGUCAAGUGUUGACGGUCGAUGCCGCCGAUCUCUUCUACCGACCGCUCAACGAGCGCAAAGAGUGCCUCGCAGUCGACAAGAUUACAUGCACGUGCGACCUCUGCGAACUUCGCGCCCCCGACCUCGCCCGGGCAUUCAAGUGCCAAGCGUGCGCCGACGGCAUCGUACACCCGACGGGGCACGUAUACGCAUGCACAACGUGCCGCGUCGAGUGGAGCGACGGUCAGAUCCAAGACGCUGUGGCACAGGAAGAUGCGAUCGUUGAGACACUGGAUGCGACGACGCUGGUCGAACUGGACGAGUUCAUCGCGACGUCGUUGCUGCAUCCAUUUCACUACAUCUUCUUUUGGGCGCUCGACGACCUGCACACAAUGUGCGUCGACUCGAACGUGGACAACGUCGACUUGGCCAAGAUCUAUCGACGGCUCCUCGACUGCCUCAACUAUACGCUGCCAUACCCCCACGACGAAAAGGUGCAGCAUUACGACCAUUUGGCCCAAACGCUGGUCGCAAUCGGGGACAUUCCUGGCGCCACGGCCGCCUACGAAGCUGCGUACGCCAUGUCGUGCUUGUGCAGCGGCAACGACUACGACGAGUCGCAGCUGUACUGGCGGCUCUCGACCAACACACCAACAACGAAAGAAGCGUUAUUGCACGUGUACAAGCACAACGGCGAUGACGGCGACGUGCGUCCAUGAUUGCGCGCGGGCAAACCAACCGAGUGGGUUUUCUCGCAGAAGUGGAAAAUGUAGAAAACGCGUCGGCGCUUUGAUUCCUUACAUGUCAAUCGUUUCGAGUGAAUGGGACGUCAUGCCACGUGUGCUGCUG